AUGGAGUACUGCAAGAGGCACUUCGAGGCGUCCACGAUCUCUGAGCCUUUGCCCUUUGCGUCUUUGGUCGCAGUCUAUUUGGGAUUGGUGGUGGCUGCCGUGCUCUUGGUCCGAGGCCAGUACAUCAAGAUGCAAAAAUUGCUGUUGGGGAUGGUGGCGGCCAUGAACUUGCGUUAUCUUGUCUUUGGUAUGAGCGUAGGCAUUGCUUGGAUCACAAACUUGGCGGACAUGGUGAACUACCUCUUCAUUAGCGACCAAACCAAUUGUGAACAGGUACCAACGCUAUCUCGCAUGCCGGAAAAGAGCUUGCUUCAGAUGUACACAUACCAUCCUGGCUGGGCUGCUGAUUUCUACCGUCACUUCACGGAGAGCGAAGUCUCCAAGCUAUGCCUGCAUGUGCACAUCAUCUUUCAGACUGUAGGCUUUGUGCUGUCCUUUUUCCACAUCUUCCUUACGCGCGGCAAGUUGCAACGUCGCCUUGGCCAAGUUUCCGCCCUAUGCGGUACCGUGGGUCUUACCAUGGCCGUGUUGGUAGGUUCGGAGGAUGGCAAGAGUGAAGCGUAUGGGGGCAUGUGGUCUGUCUAUGGUUGGUACUGGAUGGCCGGAAGCAACUUCUUCCUCUUGAGCAAGGGCGUGCUGGCUGUGAUGCGCAAAGACAUCAAGUCGCACAAGCGCUGGAUGACCCGAUACUAUGUCUCGAUGUGGUGCGACUUCUUGGUCUUUCGGUUGAUGCUGGUGGUGUUGACACCUUGCUUUACGCAGUGCAAGAGCUGCGCUUUGCUGAUCUGCAUCUGGCUGAGUCCCGCCAUCGGUUUGCUGCUGGGGCAGUUGGUCCUGAACUGCGGCUUCGUGGAGGCUGAACGGGGACCGUGGCGCCUGGAGUGCUGGAUACCGCAAGCUGAAGUGAGCUGCGGCGACAAUCUGCAGCAAACCGGAGAACCAGAGCCCAGCCUUCCCUCAAUGGGAGCUGUCGGCUUAGCGAUUGGCAGCACUUGGCAGCCUGACCCUUACAUUGCCGUCAUGGCCGUGGUUGAAUUUGAUGGAGCUCUAGAGUUGCGGGAUUGGAUCCCCGCAGCCGAUCGUGUCCCCGAGGAUUGCCUGAAGAAUCCUUUUCCACUUCCGGUGGAUCUGACAAGAAACUUCAGCGAUCAGGAUGGACUGAUGCUGGGUGGGGCCAACGCCAACCUUUCGGUGGAUGCCAAGCUCAGGGAAAUCUUAGGACCCGAUGCCAUGACGCCGCCACGUGCUGUGAAGGUGGACGUGGACCCGGCGGGCGAAACCUUGGUCUUGGGUGGGGAGGUGAAGUCUGAGCCCAUGGAGCCCAGCGCCGUCUUUGAGGCAGUUUCGGAGCUCCUUGAGGACUCAGUCCCGUGCUUGGUGCUGCUUUCGCUCCAUGGUGUUUGUGAGACCACCAAGGAACAAGACUAUGCAAUGAUUGCAUGGACGCCUGACGUAUCGCCUGUGAAGUUGAGGAUGCUCUGUGCUUCAUCUCGAAGAACCCUGCGAGAAGAGUUUACACAUCUGCACUUCAAAGAGUACAAUACGACGGAGCGACGGGAGGUCACCUGGGCGCAAUAUCAGGAGAGCACCCGCGCCCGCACGGAGCAGGAUCGCUUCGCGGCCAUGACCCAGGAUGAAAUCGAUCAGUUGGAAGUCAGGAAGCAGGUGGCUAAGGAACAAGCCAUGGCACCCAAGAAACUGGCAGGGCUCGCAGGGAUGCAGGUGAAGGUGAAUGAGACCUUUGAGUCAUCCAUGAAGAGAUUCCUGGACUCUGAAAUUCCGCUUGCCGUGGUGGCCAAAUUGGACCAGGAAGAGCUCUUUGCCGAAAUUCUGGAGCUCGGAGCAUCGCUGGGACCAUCUGUGCUCAAGGGCAAGUUGCCCACAGAGCCUUGCUUCGUGAUCAUGGCCGCCAAAGGCGACCAGCUGCUGUUCAUCACGUGGUUGCCGGAAGGGGCUGCAGUGCGACAGAAAAUGAAAACCUCCACUUUCAAGGCUUCGGUCUUGGAUCAGGUGAAAGGCUUCAGCGAUAAGGACUUGGUCAUGGCCGAAGUCUCAGAGGAUGACGAUUUGGAGGACUCUUUGGCGGACUCUCAGAAGGUGCCCGAAGCCGCCUGUCCCGUGGCGCCGGAGGCGGCGGCUUCCGCGCCGCCUCCGGGACCCAAGGGACCCAAGCCGCCAGCAGGUGCGGUCGCGCUGCCGGGCCUGAGCCCCACGAAGCCGGGGACCGCGCCCGCGCCUGCGCAAGGCUACUCCGAGUCACCUGUGGCGCCCAGCCGCGGUGAGGAGUCGGCGAAGACACCGCUGUUUGAGGAGCAGGAGACGGCCGGCAAGAUGGCCUUUGCGACUUCCCCACAGGCCUCGGCAGAGAUUUCCGAGACGCUGAGUCUAGCGGAGUUGCAAGACGCCUCGGUUUGGAAGGGAAGGAAUGUGAUCGCCACUGAACGGGAACGCUAUCUACCAGAGGACGUCUUCCAGUCCCUGUUCGGUAAGGGGAAAGAGGAGUUUGCCAAACUUCCCAAAUGGAAGCGGGACAAUGAGAAGAAGAAACAUGGACUUUUCUGA